UGUUCUCGCUGAGGAUGCUGGCUACAAAAGGAGGCAGGCAGUGGCGCACAAGUCCCGCCUGUAUUUCCCUCUGGAGGAGCCUCAGUAUCGGCGCCCCCGACUGGGGAUUGGAGCGGCGACUUGUCAGUAAAUUAGCCCACCCUUCACAUAGUGUUUGUGAGGGAAACCGAGCCAGACAGUGACGGUCUGAUCCCUCACUUAUCAGCUGCCUGUCACACCAGCACGCCACAAUACCGACCCGCAGCCAACCGCCGCGCUGUGACACCUGGCCGGUAUGGAGGGAGAGAUGCAGCCCGCAGAUGAAGGGCCGUGCGCCCCGAAGAUGUGCCGACAACAACGGGGUCCGUACAGCACCCUAAAAACCUUCCAGAGCAAACGCUCUGCGGGCAAGUCGCGCUUUGACCGGUCCGCUGUAGUCGAGGUCCCCCUGUUUGGCGACGGGCAUCAUUUCACUUUUCACCCAGAACAGCCUCAUCCUUUCCAGCCGCACCAUCAUCACCAACAGCGUCUGCAGCAGCUCCACCAAACCGGCGUCGCUAUCAGCAGCAGCCAGCAGCAUCACCAGACCACUCAGCAGCAGCAGCAGCAGCAGCAGCGUUUCCCAUGUGAGACCAGGCCCAGCAGCAGGGUUCCGACAUCCACCUCAGCGGCGGCGGCGGCAUCUCUUGGCAGCCAGCAGCGGCACGCCAGCAGCGGCGGAGCAGAGCCCAGAUUUUCUCCGGACUGCACCUACGGUAUCAGCACAGAGAACCGUCUCAUCUUAGAUGCCUUUGCCCAGCAGUGCAGCCGAGUCCUCAGCCUCCUCAACAACGGGCGUCUCCUGGAGUCCUCACCCUCCUCCUCGUCCUUCACCUCUAACGUUAAGCUGGAGGAUGGGCCAGGGGACACUCAGGAGCUUCAUUGCUCCUCACAGGGGAAGUCUAAAUCCGAAGAGAGUUCUUCCACCACAGACCCUGAGGAGGAGGUUCAACAAAGCCAUUUGAACCAACAACAGACCUCUGCAGUUCUCCGCAUCUUUACAGACUCCCUACAGAACUAUCUGCUCUCAGGGCCUCAACAGCAACAGCAGCAGCAGCAGCAGCAUCUGACUGCAGGCCUGGAGGAUGAGCAGUGUCCGGCAGCUGAGCCUGGCUCAGGGGUGUCUCCUUCAAGGCACAACCUGGGAGGAUGGGGCUCCCCUACACCAUCAGAGUCAUACGGCCACCCCUCAUCCACGUUGCCUGAGGAGGAAGAGGAGGAGGAGAACUGCUGUCCGCGCUGCCUGGAGUUGGAGCAGGAGGUGUUGUCUCUGCAGCAGGAGAAUGAAGAGCUUCGCAACAAGCUGGAGAAUAUCCCAGUUCCUUGUCAAAAUGUUCUUGACUACUUCAAGACUGUUCUCGAGUUCCACAACCAGCUGGUCCAGCCGAUGCCGGAGGAGCAGCUCACAGAGGAAGAAGAGCGACAAACAGUCUUUGAGGGCAGUAAACAGCUCCUGGAGAACUAUCCGCUCUUCAUCACUAAUAAGCAGUGGGACGAAGCUGUCAACUCCUCUAAGAAAGACGGCAGAAGGCUGCUGCGCUACCUGAUUCGCUAUGUCUUCACCACAGACGAGCUCAAGUUCUCCUGUGGUUUGGGUAAAAGGAAGCGGUCGGUCCACUCAGGAGAGGCAGGCCUGGAAAGGCGACCGCUCAACCCCGUUAAAGUCAGCUGCCUCAGAGAGUUUAUCCGGAUGCACUGUGCCUCAAACCCAGACUGGUGGAUGCCCUCGGAGGAGCAGAUCAACAAAGUGUUCAGCGACGCCGUCGGUCACGCUCGUCAGGGCCGAGCGGUCGGCACCUUUCUGGGCAGCAGCGGCAGCAGCACCAGCAGCCUCUACAUGGACGGCUUUGACGGACAUCUUUCACAGGAUGAAUUGUAUUUAAAAGGCUGCCAGAACGGCCAGUCGGAUUGAAGUUAAAGGACAAAUUAAAGACAAAUGCCUGAAAUGUAGCUGUACAACAACAUAUCCCAAAACUCUGACCUUAUCCUGUCACUUUACGCAGUGAAGAAAACAUUCCAGAAGAGGUUUAUCAUACAGAAUAUAGUCCUGUUUUCAAAUAGUUUUAUAGUUUUCCCCAUUUUUAUACCUAAAUCUUUUAUUUAGUCAAAAUUUGACUCUUAAAAGUUUUAAAUUGAACAGUUUGAGUCUUCCAUAUGCUCCUUUUUUAUGGUUUGAGCAGUUAUAUCACUGUCAGUGGAAAGGAGUCAUUUCAAGGAGGCUGAUUUUGUUUUUUAGUCUUUCACAACUUACAUAUUUAGAGGUCAUGUGGAAGUUAUUUAUGUUAAUGACCCAAUUAGAGACUUACUAUAUCUGCCACUGACAUUUCACUUUUAUAACCUUUACCAUGGAAAGUAGCACUUCAUAAUGUUUUUUCUCUUUUUUUUUGGUCACUGGUGAAGCACCUUUACUUGCAACCCUUCAACAGGAGUGCCUCUGAGAAAGUCAUGUUUUGUUUCUUGUAGUUUUGUACUUCCUACUUUUCCUCAUUUGAGUUGAUUCUGAUGCACCAAAUUGUACUUUAUGAAAAGAAAAGUGCAUUUAAGAAGGAAAAAAGUUUAUGAAAUUUCUUUAAAUCCAGCUUCCUUUGAUUGGAAGAUGUUUCGGUCGAUGCUGCGAUGCUCCUAUUGUUCAUCUUAGGAAGAAUAUUUGGCUUGUGAGAAUAUUUCAAUAAUAACUUGUAAUUAGUAAGUUGCAGAUUUAAGAAGAGAAAUGGAAGCCUAGAAAACGCUAUAUAGACAGUUUCUUUUUAUUUUAAUGUUGCAUUUUUUACAUUUGAUUAUUGUUUUUUUUGUUUUGUUUUGGGUUUUUUUGCCCUUUGCUUUUAUGCACUCUGAAAAAAAUGGCUUGUUGGAAUUCCACUAAAAGAGAAUUUACUGUAUUUUAUUAUGGUGUUGCAGCACUCAAAGAAGCCUUUUUGUGUUGGGAUGGAUCAAGUCUUUUGGUUUAAGGCAGCUGCCAUAUAAUAAUGCCUUAAGUUCGUUAGGAGACUGCCGCAGUGUAAAGUGUUAACGAUGUGUGUCAGAAAUCCUGUAAAGCGUUUUGUUUGUUUGCCAGUUUAAAGUUUCUUUAGAACAGAAAAAUUCAGUCCACCCAAGCGGGAAAAAAACAAAACAAAAACUGAGCACUUCCUUUUUUUUUCCCUGCAACUCUAAUUUGCACCUUUACGUGUCUCACUGCAGGCAAAGCAAUCCCACAGUGAAAAGUCCACACGCAGGAUUGAACCAGUUUUAUUUGUAUUUAUUUGAUGCUCGUUGACUUCACUUCAUCACACUGUUUUCUAUGUUUGAAUGUACCAGAUUUCUUAGGUCAGUCCGCCAAAUUAACAGUGCUGUGUAAAUGUGUAAUAUAAAGUACAGUUAUUGUGCGAGGUGUCUUUGAAAUACCAUGUCUCCCUCCUUUAAAAAGCCAAGUAGAAAAGUGCCACAGAAACCUUAAAACAGUCGGAUUCUGUUGUUGUGUUGCUGUUCUGAAUGUGAGCGUUGGUUUGUAUUUACUCAUUUACCCUCAAAGUGGCUGUUAUCAAC